CCAAUCACAACAACGCCUUAGUUUUAGGUUUAGAAACAGAGCUCCUCUUUCCCUCUCUAGUUUCACCCACAAAAAUGGAGUCCAUUGGCUCUGCCAUGGAUAAAUUAUACAUAACUCAAGAACAAAACUACAGGGGAACGAUGAGCCAAACACCGCGAAAAGUCACAACCGUGAACUACCUCGCUGAAAGGAGUAGGAGGCGGAAGCUCAGUGAUAAGCUCUUGACAUUGCGAUCUCAGGUUCCCAUCAUAACAAAUUUGAUCAUUGAUGAUGCCAUUACUUACAUCCAAGAACUACAAUCCACUGUCAAGGUUCUCAGUAACCAGCUUUUUGAAAAGGAUGUUUCCAUUGAAGAAGAAAACAACAAGAAACAGAGUGAUGAGGAGGUUUUUGCAGAGGAGAAGAAGCAAUCUGACAUAAAGGAAGAUGUUGUGGUUAGAGGUAUUGAUGGAGACAAAUUCCAGGUGAAGAUUAUAAUUGAAAAGAGAAGAGGCAGGUUCACUAGAUUACUGGAAGACAUGGCUUUUUAUGGAUUCAAUCUUAGUGAAACCAAUGUUUCUACCUCUAAUGGAGCAUUCCUUGUUACAUCCUGGGUGGAGGGUAUUUAUGGUGAUAAACUGCCAAUUCACCGAACCAGGGAGCUAUCAGGGGGACUUAGAAGCAAAUCUUCCAGAAAGUAUUGCUGGUUUUCAAUUUCUUAUCAACUAUGAAGUUCUCUCUAGUAUUUUAGCUUUUCUAUCUACACCAUUCGCAUAUGAUUCCAGUAUUACAAUAAGAACAAGAAAUUCAGGAUACAAGAUUGUUGGGUUAAGGCUCUGGAAUGUAUAUUUAUACAUCACAUUUUUACUUAUAACAGUUGGAUUAUUCUCUGUUUUUCUUCUAUAAGGGUAAAAGUCCAAACUCCAAACAGCCAGCACCUCUCAAACAGUGUUUGGUCUAAAGAUCUUCACUUUAUUAAGCAAGACUGCAAAUUGAUUAAAUUGUGAAAGAUUCAUUAAAGAAAAUGCCAGAAAAAGGACUAAUGAAUUGGGUUAUAACUUUUUCUUACAACAAGGACCCACAAAUUCCUAAAUCUGCAGGUAGUUAAGCUGUGUUUACUGAGUUGAUCCAACUCCAUUUCAGUUUAUAUUUACCAAAAAUUCUGUUAUUCAGAAAGGAAAAGUAACCAGUUAUGUUAAGAUGAUAUUUAUUUAGUCCUUAAUCACCUGAUUGAAAAUUUGAAAUCACAUACAGUCAGCUUGCCAUUUCUGGUUUAAAAAGAAAGACAGUCUACCCUUUGAAAUAAAGCUAAAAAAAAAAAAGAGGAAAAGAUAAAUAAAGCUAAACACAAUCAUUUAAUUAAGAUAUUUCCAUUUAAAUACUACAAACAAUUCCCACAAUUUAGCAUUUUAUUGCUAAAUAUUAUCCCCAAAUUUCCAUUUUUACAGCGCUAAUAUCAUCUAUCAACAUUAAUACUUACUCCAAGAUGUCCACACACUUUCUCUUCAGAACUCUUAAAAAAAAGGC